ACUCUCGGUGUCACAGCACGGGUUAACCCAGUGAGGCAUCUGGUGCCACCUCCCUGCUGCAGCCGGGCCGUCCCCGAGCACAGGACACAAGAUUCUGUCAGCAGGGUCUGGGAUAUCCGCAGUGAGGGAGACUCCGCAGCCCGUGCGGACAAUCUGUUGCUGGGCACGGCGUUGCUGAGGCGCCUCUCCUCUCUGUGCCCCGUGCAGGCGAGAUCCCGGCGCACUUGGGCGGCACCGCGGAGUUCGGGGAUAACGUGGAGGAUGAGUGGUUCAUUGUGUAGCUGCUGCGGGAGAUGAGCAGGGAGUUCCCGGGGCUGGCAGCCAGUAUUGAUGACAACGAUGGAGAGUUUCUCUUGAUAGAAGCAGCUGAUUUUCUCCCAAAGUGGCUGAAUCCUGACAACAGUGAAAACAGGGUGUUCUUUUACAAAGGAGAGCUGCACAUCAUUGCGCCGGGGGAGCCCUGGGAGCAGGGCUGGGCCCUCUCUGCUCCCCGUGCCACGGUGCCGCAGGCGCUGGCUCUGUUAUCCACCCGCGCCGAGGAGUUCCUGGCUGCAGAGCCCAUCAGAGCUGCGCUCAAUAAACGCCUCCAUGGGUAUCCCGAGAAGAUCCAGGCCUCGCUGCACCGAGCCCGCUGCUUCCUCCCGGCCGGGAUCGCGGCCGUGCUGAGGCUGCGCCCGUCCCUGGUGGCCGCGGCCGUCCAGGCCUUCUACCUGCGGGAGCCGGGCGAUCUGGGGGCCUGCCGGCGCCCGUUCAGAGCCUUCCCUGCCGAGCAGCGAGUGAUGGCCCUGGUGACUUUCACUCGGUGUUUGUAUGCACAGCUGGUGCAGCAGCAGUUUGUUCCAGACAGACGCAGUGGAUACACCCUGCCCGCCCCAGCUCAUCCUCAGUACAGAGCCUACGAGCUGGGCAUGAAGCUGGCUCAUGGCUUUGAAAUUUUGUGCUCCAAGAGCAGUAAAGUGGCUCCUGAUGCCAAGAGAAACGUGUUAAGGGGUCCCCUGUGGGAGAGAUUCCUCAGGAGCUUGAAGGAGAAGGAUUAUUUCAAGGGAGAAAUGGAAGGAUCAGCCAAGUACCUGGAGCUGUUGCACAUGGCAGAAGAUCACUUCCAGCAAUCUGUUGCAGUGCCAGAAAGCUGUGAUGAAGUGAGCCCAGGUGAUGAAAUCCUGGCACUACUACAGACAACCCCCAUUGAUCUGAAGGAAUUGGAGAGAGAAGCAGCUUGUCUUCCUGCAGAGGAUGAUGACAGCUGGCUGGAUAUGACACCAGGUGCUCUGGAUCAGAUGCUGAAGGAGACAAGAAAUGAGUCCCUUCCUUCCCCAAAUGAGGAGGAGCAAAACUAUGACUUGGAAACAGUUGCUGAGAGCAUGAAGGCUUUUGUGUCCAAAGUGUCCACGCACGAAGGAGCAGAAAUGCCAUGGUCAUCUGAUGAAUCCCAAGUUACCUUUGAUGUGGAUUCUUUUACAAAAGCUCUGGACAGAAUUUUAGGGGCAGACUCGGAGGAGCUGGAUUCUGAUGAUGUGGAUGAGGAGGAGGAGUUUGGUUUCUCAGCUGAGGAUGAUGAAGAGCUGAAUGCUGGGAAUGGAAGGCAGGAGCAGAAGGUGUCUCCUGAGGAGCUCGUGGGCAGUCUCAAGGCGUACAUGGAGGAGAUGGACCGUGAGCUGGCACAGACCAACGUUGGGAAAAGUUUCAGCAGCCACAAGAGAGGGGCAGGUUCUGUUGGAGCAGCCCCAUGUGAGAGUGCUGGCCCUGACUGUGGAGCUGAGGCUGCUGAGCUGGCAGCCCUGGAUGUGGACAUGAACCUGGUGGCAAACCUGCUCGAGUCCUACAGUGCCCAGGCUGGCCUGGCAGGACCCACCUCGAGCAUUUUACAGAGCCUGGGGGUGAAUUUACCUGAGAGCUCAGAGCUCACUGGCAGCUGAGCAAGGCAGGGAGAGCCUUGGCACCAGACAUGGCUGCUGGGGAGAUGGAGCACAGACACACGAGCAGGAUGGGGGAGAAGAGGCCAAAGGUUUGAAUUUGGAGCAUCCUGUUCAUUAUGUGUCACUUCAGCAGAGUGAAUUCACCUGCAAAAGCUUCUGUUUGCACACUGUCUUGGGUGGAAAUGAGAUUUUCCCUGUGCUGACGCAAUUUCAGAAAACUGAAAAAUUAUGUCAAAUGAAUGACCGAAAUCUGUGCCCAUUUUCUUUUAUUACAACACCUCUCUCCCAUUUUUCCAUUCAGUGAUCCAAUUUGCCACAUUUCUAAAAUGUUCUUUUACCCAUUGCUGAGUGGGUUCAAUAUCUGGGGAGCAAUUCUUGUUCUGAAAAUGCUGCUGCCUUCAGGGGCAGGUGGGGAAAUACCACAUUGCAGGAAGAGUAAUUGGAUCAAUUGUGCAAAUAUUGGCCAGAAGUAUUUUUUAAUUUUAUUUCAAUAAAAACAAAAAUUACAACUUGA